AUGGGUCUUAGAGGUGUGCAGCUUGGUCUCAGAGCCUGGGAGUUCAUAUGGUCCCUGCUCAUCAUGGCCCUCAUCGGUAAUAUGAUCGCCGAGGCCUUCGCCGGGAACCCUGGGACCGUAAACUACGCGAUCUACACAUCGGUCUUCUCAAUGUUCACGUUGUUCUACCUGGUCCCGGCCUCGUUCAACCUUGACUGGGCCCUCCACCCCAUCAUCAUGAUCGUCCUCGACGUGCUGAACUGCAUUUUCUUCUUCUGCGCUGCCAUCGCCCUCGCUGCGAAGCUCGAGUGUCACUCUUGCAGCAACACGGAUUACCUCAAUAGGAAUGAGAUCACCAAUGGCUCAAACAACAAGGAAAAGCGCUGCCGUGAGGCCCAGGCCUCUGUUGCUUUCCUCUGGUUCGGCUGGGCGUGCUACAUGGCCUCCGUCAUUGUCUCUCUGUUCAUGUCCCGCUCCGCUACCCCCUCGCGCAGCCGCCGUGCUAACAGCAGCCGCCGGGCCCCCGCCAUGGCCCAGGUUUAA